AUGGCGCUCCUGAAGGCACCAGGCUUCUCUGAUGAGGAGAGCUUCGUGCUCUGCGAUGCCGCGACCAAGGGAUUCCCCAUUCUGCACGCAAGCCUUGGAUUUCAGAAACUGUAUGGCUUUAGUCAGGAGGAGUGUACCGACAGCUCCUGUGGAAUGCUGGUCGGAGCUGAUGGAAUCUUAAAAGAUCCGUUGGCAAUCGCAGCAGCGGAGCGAAUGACAGGAAAGUCGCUCGGUGGACUUGCCGCCGGGUUUGCAGUGAUGCACGACGUCAUGGUCGAAUACGUGGACGACGUGGUGCGUAAUCGAGACACGGACUUUCCUGCAGUUCUGGCAGUCAAUCGCAAAAGCACCGGCCAGCUCUUCACCUGCCAAAUGGGCCUUCUACGAAAGCAUCAUCCGGAACUUGGCUGGUCGUAUAUGGUGGGCUUGCAGCAGGAUGUCUCGAGCCAAAUCCCCGUGCCAGAGCUGCUGAAGGCAGCUGCGCAAGGUGCUGAAGAAUACAAGGCACUUUGCAGCAGCCAAGCCCGACGAAGCAAGCUCGCUGAGCGCUUGCAGACGAAGGAGGCUGAAUCUCAUUUCCAUGGCAUAAUGCGCGAUGCUUGGCGCAGCGUUCUCUCCCGACAAAUGAGCGAGACGAACGGCAAAAAGAUGCAGAAAUCGCGUUCCAUGGAAGAGAAGACGAUUGCCAGUGUGAGCACGGCGUGCUCUCUUUCCAGCGUUGUGGCGAAGGACAAGGGCCAGGACCAGUUCAGCCCGAAUGAUUUUCAGCGCAGCGCCACGUGCCCAGAUGCUUGUCCGCCGUGGCCAUGGCGUGUGUCGUGA